AUGUAUGAACUAAAAAGUGUAGGGAAUCGAAGUGAUGAUUAUGAUGAUUGUGAUUCAACACGAGAGUCAAAAAUAUUAGAUAUGGAAGAAGGAGAAAGCAUAAAAAAGGGAGAUAUUUAUACAAAAAAAGUAAGUAUAAGCAGUUCAAAUUUUUUUGUGGGUAAUAAUAAAAGUACUUCAAAUGGGGAAAAAAAAAUGAAACAAAUUAGUGACAGUAAGACAUUUAAAAGAAAAGUAACAACAAAAGAUAUUGUUAAUUGCCCUAAAGAAUAUCAUGCUAAUUUUAUUAGCAUGUUUUUAUUUAUAAUAGGUAGUGCUUUUUUUCGGUUUCCAAUAUUGUAUGUAGCUGGUUGUAUAAUUUUUGCAAUAGCAAGUGCAAUGUGUUUAUAUAGUAAUUUAAUAAGUGCAAUGUAUGUUAAAAAUAAAAAAAAAAAAGAAUUUUAUGGAUUUUUAUGUUACAUAGCAGGAUGUGCAAUUUUCAUACUUGGUUCUGUUUAUUGCUGCUUUAAAGAUGAUUAUUUUGCUGUUAUUACAUUUAUUUUGGGAAGUUUUUAUUUUUUAGUUGGAGCAAUAUUUUUUUUAUAUAAUUUUAACCUACGUAAUAUAAAAGGUGUGAAAUAUCAAAUUGUAAUUGUGUAUAUGUCAAAUCUUUUUGGAGGACUUAUAUUCACAGUUGCUAGUAUUAUGUUUUUUUAUGAGCAUUUAUAUAAUUAUGCUUGUUACUUAUAUGUUGGAGGAAGUAUAUUAUUCACACUAGGAACAUGGUUUGAUUAUAUCAUUCAUGUGAGGAAUACUUUUUGA